AUGCGUGGGACCAUCGUGCCCGCGCUCUCUCGUUUGAUUGAGGGUGAUUUACAAUUUUCCUGUUCCGUUUCUCCAUCAUUCUUAUUUCCUUUCUCAAUCACAAUUUUCUCCGGACCUUUUGUUACAUCCGUCGUCAAAGGCUUUGCCGCACUCUGCUGUCGCGGAACUGUUAAAGGCUCUAGCACCAUCGUCGAAGGUUCUGAGAACACUUCUCACCGGAAAGAGAAGCAAAUCUGCAACCAGUUUUUGCAGCGUCUUGGUUUUGAUUACAUUGAUCUCUAUUAUCAGCACAGAGUGGACCAAUCUACACCUAUAGAGGAUACAGUGGUUGAACUCAAGAAACUGGUGGAAGAGGGUAAAGUGAAAUAUAUUGGAUUAUCUGAAGCGAGUCCAGAUACUAUAAGGAGAGCGCACGCAGUUCAUCCCAUCACAGCUGUGCAACUGGAGUGGUCUCUGUGGACUCGUGACGUUGAGGAAGAGAUAAUCCCACUCUGCAGGGAACUUAUUAUUGGCAUUGUUUCAUAUAGUCCUCUGGGUCGUGGCUUUUUUGGGGGAAAAGGAAUUCUGGAAAAUGUGUCUGCAGUUAGCAACCUGGUAUAUGUUAUUUUAGCAUUUCUAGUUUCAUGUGUGUUUCUGCUGUAUACCGUGGGGAUGGAAAUGUUAAGAUCUGAUGAAUAAUCAACUCUCAUUAUUGGCUUUAAAUUUUGCUGGUUUUCUUCAUUGUAAAUACAUGUUAUUGAAUUUAAUUUAUGUUUCUCAUGCAUAAAAAGAGGAUAAAGUUAUAUUUCUUUUUUAAAAAAUAAAGAGAUUAUAUUGUUUUCUGAUGGUUAUU